UAUCAAUAAAGUUUAACACAAAUCUAAUAUUCUUAUUAAUGGUUAAAUUUUAGCUUACACCUCCUUCAUAAAUGAAAUAUUUAACCUCUUACAUAUCAUAUAUAUAAAAUUUUAGUCAACUAUUGUUAGCGUUUAUAUAUUUCAUUGAAUUUAAAAUCAUUUCAUUUUAACAUUUAAAAACUAUAACCCAAUUGGUUUAUUAAUCACUAUAUAUAUAAUUUUAUCUCUUACUCCAACCAUAAAUGGAUGAAUAAUAUAUAUAUAUAUAUAUAUGAAAUGAUUAUAUACGUGAACUAAUACAUUAAACAUUAACACACUUACAUCAUCAUAUGCAUACUAAUGUCAUAUCAUAAAUGACCUAUAUAUGUUAAAGAAGAUUAAUAUUCCAACAUUAUUCUAUAUGAAAAGAACACUCAUUUAUUACAGGUAUUUUACGGGAAUUGAAAUUAUAGACCCAAACCUAUUUAGGCCCGACAAGACCCAAUCCGAAACCGACCCGAAACUUAUAGGUACUUAUAUGGAUCCAAAUUUCCAAGAGUCGAAAGACCCGGACCCGACGAGACCCGACAUGAACCCGACCCGAGGAUCCGGAUGCCAUGCCUAAUGGAGACGAGUCAAACCAGUUUAAAUGGAGACGAGUCAAACCGGUUAAACCCAUUUAUCUUUGUAUCUAAUGUUCAACCAUGGACUGAUCCGCACUCGAUCCAAAGUCUUAACGAAAUCAAAGUCUGUACACGGUGCUAGAGAGGCUUCCAGAAUCGGUCCAAGUAAAUUAACUCAUUGCACCGUUUUUUGUUCGAUACAUCAGACUAGUAUAGACAAAUGAGAAAAAAGAAAGAAUUAUAAUGAUUUAAAAGAAUUAUCUAUAUAAACACAUUUGUUUUCUUUAUGGUGGUCUAUAACAUCAUACCAAAAGGUCGUAAAGCUAAAAUGAGGCCUAUAUGCAUGUUAGACGUUGCACUUGACAACUAUGUUUUCUCAAAAAUAUGUUGGAGAAUUUGGAUUGCGCGUAACCAUCAACGAGAUUUUAACCUCAGCUCUACAGAACGCAAGGGAAUGGUACAACGCACAACCACUCCACGCAAGCCCACACCAGCCAUUACGCUGCGCUCAGCUCCUUGCUGUUCCCAUCGGAUCAACCUAUUGCACCACUGAUACGGUCUGGAGCUCUGUCCACAAACGAGCAGGCAUUGCUUGAUCAUGUCUUCGCCAACGAACAGCUUAACUCUCUCAGGAAUCCUGUUUGGAAUCUAGCGUCACAUCACCACUUAUGGCUAAGCCUCUAGCUGCAAGGGCACCUUUCCUCAGUGCAAAGUCGUUAGGAAUCACGAAAAUAUGCAUCAAGUAAGAUUGUCAAGUGCUCUUAGCAGUAAUCUCCUUGAAGUUACUGCGGUGGAUCUCUUUGGAAUCAUCCGGGACAUCGAGAGUUCGUCCAACUUAAGCUUUUCAGACAGAUCAUGACUCGAGAGUCCCCCAACUUAAGUAACCGAAACUAUUCAUUCUUGAAAGACGAUUCUUGAUCCGACGUGGUGCUGUCGUCAUAAUUAUUCCCCAACCCAAUGUCCAGAAUCAUAUGUAACGCUAACUUAGGACUUUUUAAAAAUAAUGGAAAUUGUGGUGGCCCAAUAAUACAUGGGUAUUAUUAGGGUAAGAAGAACAAAAAAAUAGUACGUCUCAUAAGUUUUGGUGUGAAUAAAUUAGGUUUUCUUCGUGACACCCAACCCAACCACGAGAAACAAGUAGGGUUUUGUCCCAGUGGAAACCUAAGGUUGUCAAGAGGAUGGAAAAUAGGAUCUGUGAUUUGCCUGACGAUUUGAUUCUUCAGAUCAUGCUCUUCGUCCCCACAAAAGAUGCAGUAGCCACCACAAUCCUGUCUAAGCGAUGGCGUUUCAUAUCCGCUCUGCUUCCUAUACUCGAGUACAAAGACAGCGGCAGCGGGACCAUUGGGUGGUUUAUUGAGAAGUCUUUGCAACUCCAUAAGGCACCAAAACUAGAGAAGCUGGCUGUUGAACUCGGUCCACAUUCUCCUGUUGACGUUGAUGUGGAGAAGUGUCUUGAGAAUGCAGUUAAUCGAGGUGUGCACGACUUAGAUAUCAAUCUCCUCUGGAGCGCAGAGCUCACAAGCUUUCCAAAGAGCCUCUACACAUGCGACACUCUCGUUGAUUUAGUUCUGUCCAACAAGAUUAUAGUGGAUGUUCCUUCCCCGGUUAGCCUACCAUCUCUCUUAUCUCUUUCUCUCAUCAACGUGGUGUACAAAGACGAAGACUCUCUUGCUGGAAUUUUAUCAAGUUCCUCUGUUCUAAACUGGCUGAUGGUGGAACGACGUGUGGAUGACAACUUGACACACUUUACCGUGAAAGUGUCUACCUUAGAAACAUUAUAUUAUACAGGUGCUUGGCCCAUGGAUGAGGCCGUAGAGGAAGGGGAUGAUGAUGAUGAUGAUGAUCUCAUUGGGUCGUUGGUAAUAGAUACCCCUGCAUUAGAUGAUAUAAGCUUAAUUAACAUUUGCGAAGACUGUUGCUUGAUAGAUACUAUGCCGUGUCUUGAUGUGGCAUACAUAAGCCAUGUUAUUUACCCCGAUGACAAGUUUCUGAAAUCUCUUUCUUUUGUCAAACAUCUGCACUUGUGUUUGACCAAUUCGAUGGUUGGUAGCAGUAACGACAUUAAAUUCUCUCGGCUCAUAGAGUUUUACUUUUUAACAAAAACAGUAGAUUGGUUGGAACCACUUAUGUUUUUCCUUCAAAAUUCUCCUAAACUGAAAUUUCUUACGAUCCACACGGAACAUGAGAGUCCCUCACCUCCCUGGAACCAGCCGAGUUCUAUUCCGGGAUGCUUAUCAUUUCAGCUAGAGAUCUUUGUGUGGAACAACUAUGAAGGAAGAGAUGAUGAGAAACAACUACUGUCAUACAUUCUUGCUAACUCAGAGUGUUUAAAGAGAGCGGAGAUAAAUCCCAUAGCAACCUGCAAUCUUGAAGAGAGACAAAAGGAGAUACAAUCUAUGCCUAGGAUUUCAACAUCAUCUCGGCUUCUAUUCCCCACUCAAAUGAAUCGGUGGUUUGACGGAUACUGUUAUCGUCACUAGUCUCUAUGUUUUUUUUUCCCAUAGAAAUCCGAGUAUUUUUGCCACUUAAGACGUCCAUGGGGUGGUCAAGGAGAAUCAAACCCAGGACGGAAGCUCCAGCCACUAGACCAAGACCGCUUGGUUACUAGUCUCUAUGUUUAAGUUGGUGCUUAACUAAUUGAGGCUAUCAUCUAAUCUGAUUAUAAAUGAGUGUAAUCAUUAUCACAAGAAAUUUGUUUUGGAAAUAAUGUAUAAUAUAUUCAUACAGCAAAAAAAUACUGUAAAACUAACGAUCAAUUAUCGAAAAUGAAAUAAUUUUUAUCGGCCCUUCCAUCUUUAUAACUUCGUCAUGCCCUAACUUUAUUUCAAAAUUUUAAAGGAUAUUUUGAAAACAAUUUUGUAUUUUAGAUGAUAAUAGAUUACUCAGUUUGUAAUAAUAUAGAUGUGUGGUUGAAUCACUUACGUGGUGAAAUCAUGUCCCGUGUUUGGUUAAUGACAAGUUGAUAACUAAGUUAAAAAAAAAAAGAAGUGUAGCAUUUAUUUGGCAGGAGUCAAAUUUACUCGAAUUUCUUCUAGUAAAAAUCAAAUAUAUCGUUAACUCGCGUCUGUAGCUACCGUCAAUUAAUUGAUCAACUGAUUAUUUACUACACCAUCAAACAGUAAU